ACAGCAAAAUAUAAAAUUAAGGAUAUAGUGAUCCAGUACCGUACGCUGAGCCCUAAAAACUCGACCGUGAAUUUUUUUGUUGAAGCGCCGCCCAAACUUCAACAGAGAAUCGAGCUUCGAGUUUAAGAAGCCCUAGCUGUACGAGGCGCGUUGGAUUGUCCGCCCCGUAAAGUUGAUCGGCGCGUGGAGUUAAGCUGGUGGUGCGGAUUGUUUGGUCUGAUGUCAAGCGCUUGGACAAAUUUGAGCUUUGGAAUCAUACAUAGGGAUGUAGAAUGGGAGUGGGAGAAUUCUGGGUGGAGUCUUUGGUAUAUUUAUAUAAUUGGAAGUUAUUGGAAGUUCUUGCUUGCUUUGCUCUCUGAAGAGCUAUUCCUCGGGCAAAAUUUUAGAGAGGAUGAGGAGGUCAUAUUUUAAUUCAAAUAAAUAAUAGCUUUGGAGUAUCUUGGAGCAUAUGAGCAUUGGAGCUUGUGGAGCAACGCUCACCUCAAGGAUUGCUCUAUUGUAUCGACUAUUGACUUCAUCUUCAAGGACCAAAAAUGAGUGGCCGUUUUUCUCGUACAAUUUAUGUGGGGAACCUUCCUGCUGAUAUCAGAGAAUCAGAAAUUGAAGACUUAUUUUACAAGUAUGGUCGGAUAUUGGAUAUUGAAUUGAAGAUUCCACCUCGUCCACCUUGCUAUUGUUUUGUGGAGUUUGAGAGUUCACGCGAUGCCGAAAAUGCUAUCAGGGGUAGAGAUGGCUAUAACUUUGAUGGCUGUCGAUUGAGGGUUGAGCUUGCCCACGGGGGUAGAGGUCCAUCGUCUUCAAGUGAUCGCCGUGGUGGAUAUGGUGGAGGUGGCAGUAGUGGUGGUGGUGGCGGUGGUCGUGGUGAUAGCCGAGGUGAUGGCGGCGGUGGAGGUGGAAGUGGAGGUGGUCGUUUUGGCGCUUCCCGUCACUCAGACUAUCGAGUUAUUGUUCGUUCGCUUCCUUCUUCUGCUUCUUGGCAAGAUUUGAAGGAUCAUAUGCGGAAAGCUGGGGAUGUCUGUUUUGCUGAAGUUUCUCGUGACAGUGAAGGAACCUAUGGCUUAGUUGAUUAUACCAACUAUGAAGACAUGAAAUAUGCUAUCCGUAAACUUGAUGAUACUGAGUUCAGAAAUCCUUGGACAAGAACUUAUAUCCGGGUAAAGGAAUACAAAGGCAGUCCGUCGAGGAGCCGAAGUAGGAGUCGAAGUAGAAGCAGAAGUCCUAGGAGAAGAAGCAGGUCACUGGACCGUUCAGUUUCAAGAUCACCAUCAGCGUCUCCUGUUAAAUCAUCCAGACCAAGGUCCAGGUCAAAGUCGAGAUCGAGGUCAAAGUCGAGGUCUGCAUCUCCUCCUCGUCAGGCAAAGUCUGGUGGCAGUCUCUGAUAGUCUCAGCAAAAACGGGCCGUAGUUUUUUUCGAUGCAAGAGUCUUUUGUCGUAUGGAAAUCAGGAAAUGUCAUUCUGGAUUGAGUAAUAUCAUUAGAACUUGACAUGUUUAUUUUACGCAUUCUGGAGAUUGGAUUGAACUCCACUAGUAUCUUUCUCUCUGAACCAUUUUGUCGAUUCUGGAUAUUGUUUGUUUAGGAUUUCUGUACUUAAUUCUGGAUAUUGUUCGUUUAGGAUUUCUGUACUUUACCAAACAUUUGUCUAUUGCGAUUUGUUAAGUUAUGUGGACAUGAUGUUUUGUAA